AUGAUUAGAGAUUCUGUUGAUAUGCUGCCGCACGAUAGCUUUGGAUCAGAUAAGCCGCGCGCGGUCGAAAACUUCGGAUCGGAUGCCGCCAGAGCAGCGAUCUUAGCGAACGAUAUCGGGUCGUUCUCGUUCCCAAUUUGCGGAAAGCGGAAAAGAGUAUACCUGUCUAUUCGAAAAGCUAAACAUAAUAAGUUCGAUAUUCCCGCUCUCACAACGGACUUGGAGGCGAGGGGGGGGGGGGGGGGGGGGGCUUUCAAAGAGCGCUACGACACGACGCUUUUGUGGAAUUCGAGGUGGCGGAGGAUGUUCCAAUUACGAGUCUCAUUUGCGUGGGGCUGUUUGAAACGGUACACGCGCGGACCCGUCUCAACGAUGACACGGGGCCGAAAAGGCCCCUCGGAGAGGUGUCGGCUUCCCGGGCGCGCCGUGAUGCGGGACGACGUGUUCACGUGCCGAUGGGCCGAACGUAUUACACCCCCGAACGCACCUAGGGUCGCUUAUUAUCAGCGGGGUGUA